GUUCGUUUCACUCGCAACUGCGCAUCGAAGUAGAUUGGACGUAAAAAUUCCGCUCUGAGAAACGAUAGACAGCUCCAAAAUCAAAAUGUCCAAAUCGAGUUCCACGAAUCAAGCAUCGAAAAUGCUAAGCGAUAAAGUUCUGGAAAUCGAACAAUGUUUGUUUCCUGUUCCGGAGGAGUUUUUCAUGAAAAAUCCAGAACAGGACGAGUGCGUUUCGGUGGCAUUUAGUGAAUCGUCGGACAUUCCCAAUAUUCCGUCGUAUACGAAGUUAGUGGACCUGCUGAACCAAGGGUUAUCUCCAGAGGUCAUCGAUAGGUUGUGUUUUAACGAGAUGCUCUUGAUAAGCGCUGACAACGAUGAAAUCGUCGGUGGACUGGCCAUCCAAGUGGAAACUAUUGCUGACGAAGUUGUUGCAGUUUUUUGCAGCUCUCAAUUCACUAUGGGUGAGGAUCGGACAGCUCGAUGCGAACUGCUGGCCUUGACCGAUAAACAAUUUAACCCAUUUCAGGAGAGAAAGUGUGAGACGGUUCUGGCGGGAGAUUUAAAACAGGAAAAGCAAUUACAAUUAUAUUUCGAAGAAGAUCAAAGCGUGACAGCUUUCCGUCAGGAAUCGGUUGCAGACAAGAACGAAAGCUUCCAAGGCACUCUCAAUGUCGGCGAAGAUGGUCUCCUCGUCCCGGAUGGUUUAAAUAUUCUCUUCAUGCGUUAUUUAGUGCUUACAGGAUAUAUCGGAGAUAUUCAUACACGAACAAUCGACAUCGAAGGACGCAUCGGGCAUUCCAUGUGCCAAAUUAAGCAAGCUGAUCCAUGCACAAUCAACGGUAAAAUACAUGACACCAGGCAAGUCAUUCGGAAAAUAUACUAUUCAGACACCAAUGGACCGGAGGUCAGUACCAGUUUGUACCUAUGUUCUGGGCACUUGCUGCGUCACUCAUGGGACAAUUCCAAAUAUUCAAUCGUCUUAAAUCCAAAGUCAUCGCUCUCGAGACUACCGAUUGAUAUGGAAGUUCUUUGUACCACGAUGCGCAUUUAUCUGGAAGAGUUGGCUAAACUAUUAGAAGGUGUCCCGAAAGACACAAGCAGAUGUUCUUUCGUUUUACCCAAACAAACGGAAAUUGUCCGCACGGUUCUCUCUGAAAUUUUGCGGGAUGCUACAGAAAAGGCAGCAGCAGAAACCACACAAUCACCUGAACGAUCAUUGUCCCCUGGAACUGUUAAAGAUGUACUGGUAGAUCUAAUAAAUCAGAUGUCAUUAUACUAGAUG